AGCGUGGGCAUGACGGAGACUGUUUGGGUUCUCACUGGGUUAUGUCGUGGAAACCAAAACACAGCUAGCUAGUUAGCUAGCUCAAAGUACCGCGCUUUUCCGGUUUCGUUUCUUCUUAAAACGAACACAAACUGCCAUGUACAUGAAAUGAGCUGAAGCGAGCACUGAAAGUCGGCAAUCAUGGAUAUGUGUCUUUGGUGUACGGCUCCGGCGGAGCGCAACGUGGACCUCACGGCGGUUCUACAGCGCUACUGCAACGGUGACCUGACGCAGCAAGAGAUCCAGGAUGCGAAUAAUGACCUCAGCUUUUGUCAAGAGUGUGUUGUUGCAUAUCACGACGCAAGAGAGAGCGUUCCUGCACUCCACAAGUGGUUAUGGAAGUUGGAGACCGCCCGACUGCUCGAGGUCUUCCGGGAAAUGCUAGAGGUCAACCUGGAAGACUGCGACCUCUUUUUCGUGGACAACGGACUGGAGCAGCCCGUCUCCAGGUUUUCACCCGAAGAAUUUCACAACCGAUUGAGAUUCCCGCUGACGGAGGUGCUGAAAUACCCGUACCUGCUGUGCCACCGGGACCUCUGUGAAAUGGUGGUGAAGGUGUUGUGUAAAAUGGAGGAUAUGAAAAACCCGCUACCAGUGCAUGACAAAUAUCAGGGGACAUACCUACUCAUGGUGCACCCGAAUGAAAUGGUACGCCGCUGGGCAAUAGACGCUGCCAGGUCACUGGGCCGAGUGGACAGAGACAGCUAUUAUGACCUCCAGGAGGUCUUCUCCUGCAUGUUCUACAUCAUCGAACUUGGAAUCUCUCUGGAUGUUCCAGACCAGGAAGACAUGUACUGGUCAGGAAGGUUACAUCUGCUCCCUUCACAUCUCUACGACUCCAAAAAUAAGAAGAAUUACUGGCUAGGUAUCUGUAUGUUGCUGAUGCAGCUGGACUCUCAAGCUAUGGACUCUUUGUUCAUGGGGCCAGAGAAGCAGUCCAGCAUUACCCAGUGCAUUAUUAACACCUUAACUGCCUGUAAAAGAGAAGACGACCUAGACAGUGAUUCAUUCUGGCCAGCCUUGCACUGUUUCAUGAUCAUCCUGGACCGACUGGGCUCAAAAAUCUGGGGACAAAUCGAACCAUUAGAAGCUUUCCAGGCCAUCACUACAGCAUCCAGCUACAUCGCUGAAAUCGAAAGUAUUCGACAGAAAACGGCAGGGUCCAGGGUGAAAGUGGAGCCUGACAUCGACGAUGACCCAGUAUCAUGCAGUCAAAUGGUGUAUGAUUGUUAUGCCAAGGAGCGGAAAAGCAGAUCCUCAGAGUGGGCACUCAACAGAGUGGACAAUGGCAGCAAUGUGAUUUUCGAAGAGAUGAACUGUCUAGUCAAUAUCUUGCAGUCAGAAAUGGGCCAGGGCAUGCGUGUAUACGGGAGCACCUUUCUUUGGUUUAUACCCUUCGUCCGCUCGGUUAUGGAGUUGACCGUGGUUCAUGGCAAUUACAUCGGGGAAAUAAUCCACUAUUUGGAGAAGAACAUCGACAGAGACGUGCUGUCUGGACAGAGGAACACUUGUGACAAAGUCACCGAGUUUUUUAUCCGACUCCUUGUUGAUAUAAUCGAGCUGCAUCUGAGUAAAGACUGCAUGGUGAAGGUUUUGUAUCUUACCCACAUAUGGGUGAACGUGGUGGUGCAGUGCGCUACUCUGUCUGGAGAGUUUUUUAGAACUAGAACACCAGACAGGAGAGGAGUCUCCUCAACUACCCCAAUUUUUGGCAGCUUAACAAGAACGGCUCUGACUUCAAUCGGUGCGAUAAGAGAAUCUUGCUUGAAGCUGAUUCACUCACUGCUAAAGGAAGGGGUACCAGGCGGAACGAUCACAGAGUCUGCUUACUUUCUAAAGCUCCUUAAAAAACACAUGCGCGAGGCACCGUUAAGAGGGUGGAUCCUUACUAGAUCGGAGUCCAACGAUCUCGAGAAAUGCUUAAAAAAGGUCGUGCAGGUUAUAUCGGACAGGCCCGGUGCGUCACACGAAAUACCAUGUGCUCCGCCAACACCGCCGACGGAUCUUCCGGAAAAUUUCGUUUCUCCCUUGAAUUUCCCAGUGUUGGAACCUUCGAAGCAUAUAGAAACCAAGAAUGCAGAAGUGCGCCCAAGUGGUGGUGCCCAAGAUUAUCGUUUCUUUAAAGAUGAGCCAGAGUGGGACGAUUGGAAUAUCAGGGCAAAGAAGGAACCCCAGAGCCCAGUACAGAUUACAGAAUUCUGCCCUGCUUUUGAGGCUCAUCACUUGAAACCAGAUUUGGGAAAAAUACAGGAAAUCAGGUCUAAGCUGAAAGAACAGGAUUGUAAAAUUCAGGCAAUCGUUAAGGGACGUUCUGAGACUGAUCAGGUGAAUUUGUCAUCUCCAAGCCCUCAACCUUCUACCUCGCAAUCUAAUACGCCGAAUUCUGCCCGACCGAGCAAAUCUACGAAAAAGAAAUGCGACGACGACGAUGACGACGAGCCUCUCGACGUUCGAAUGCGUCGUCUGAAAAGAUCCGUCAGGUCAUCCAGCGAGUCUGAAGAGGAUGCAACUCUAUCUAGACAGACUUUAGUCCAAGGUUCUAAGAAUUCAAAGAUAGACAGCGAUUCAAGCGUCAUUACAAUUUCGGAUGAUGACGUUCCGACGAGUGAUGCCAGGUCAACCAAGAAAGACGUCUGUAAACCUUCAUCUGAGCGCAAUUUAAACCAGAGUCCAGGUCGAGAUUACGAUGAUUUAAGUGAAUCGCAGGUAUUUGAGUUUGAAACCCAAGAAGAUGUAGCGUCUGUCUGGAAUGACCCUUUCGUUGACUGUCCAGUUGAGACCAAGAAGCCCAAAAUUGUCACCUCAAACAAAUCUGUUAGAUGGGAUGGUGUGGAUCUGGUUUCCGAUAUGGGUAAUGAGACUGAACCUGUUCUAGAUGAAGACAUUGAGACGGCCUGUCGACAAGCAGAGGAGCAGAUAAGUCAGCAGCAGCAGCAGCAGCAGCCACAAAAACCUGCUUCAUUUAGCUUAGUUGUGCCACCAAAGGCAAACAGCAGCAGCUCAGAUGACCAAUUCAAUGCAUUCGUCAAGCCAAAAUCUUCUAUGUUUACUAUCCCCCCUAUAAAAGCCGUACUGCCUGAGAAAAAACCCAAUCUUUGCGUACCCCGAAACCCCCUUUUUAUAGAAGCACUGGGACGAAAAGUCAAGAGAAGCAUCUCUCAAGAUGCAGCAAAGCCUAGCACUUCUUCCUCCACCGGUCCUUCCAGAACGUCUUCCGUGCCCCCGGUCGCUUGCCCGCGACCCACUCCUGCCAUAGUCCCACCCAAGAAGUUCCGUAAACCCAUCGAGCCAAAAUCGCCAGCAGAGCAACUGGGCUUGAAAAAGAAGGAGAGAAAAGCAUUCGAUCUUUCCCAGCGUUCCCUGGACUCAUUGGAUGAGCUCAGGUCACACGGGCAGAACGUACACAUCAAACAGAAGGUGAAGAGAGUACGCCGCUCAAGCAAGCCCCAACCGAAGCUUGCUGAGAAGGUUGGGAAGAAGAUGCUCGCCUCUCAGGAUAUGCAGUUCUUCAGACUGAGCCGCGACAAGCUCCAGAAGCCGAUGUCUGCCCCCGCGGUGGCGCCCAGACCCGCCCCACCUAAAUCGAGACACGCAAUUGAAAAUGCAGACGUCUCGGAAGAGGAUGCGGACGACUUCUUCCUUCCGUGCUCUCAACCGGAUCCUGACAGGAGGACGGAUAAUGAAAAGGCCGCCAUGAACGUCUCGUCAUCGGACGUCAACAGAGCGAGUACUUCGGUCAACAGUACGAGUAAAGACUCCAGUUCAUUGCCGAGCCCUGAGGGUGCUGUUGGAAAUAAUGGUUCUGCGGUACGCCCACCAGAAUCGAAGGAAGAAACCGGUGGCGAUGACUUUGAUGAUGAGUGGACAACCCUUACACAAAACGAACCCACUGACAUGGAGCUUUGUUCUCAGAUAGAAGAAAUGGAGGAGGAAUACGGUGAGAAUUUCAUGAUCGCAGCAAACGACCAACCAAGUACUUCAUCCAUCUCAGUGCCUCCUAAACCUCCUCCCACUGCUACCACUCAGAACGAUCACGCGUUAUUCUUAAAGCCUGACGUGCCACCUGUAUCUCAGAAGAAAACGACCACAAAGAUUUACACGUCGAGUUCCCGUAGCGCCUCUUUGGCCAUGGAAAUAGGAAAGCCGCCCACCCCUUUGCCUGCUGCCAACAUCGCUAAAGCUAAAGUUGCACGUCCACCACUGGCAAUCCCGCCUCCUCAACCCGUGCAAGAAUUCCGUCCACCUCCGCCACCCAGAACCCCUCAGUACCCUAAUCCUAACCAGUUCCCCAGGUCGACCGUUUCCAGCAACGUACCAUCACCUUCCUAUAUGCCUGCUCAUAAAUCCUAUCCCAGACCAGCGGAUCAGAGUGAGAGAUUUGACGUGAAACAGAUGUGUGACCAAGACUUUUUGAGGCAAAGCAUACUGAAAUGGGAGUUCCGCAUGCUUGACAAUUAUGAAAUGUAUGGCUCUCCAGAUGACCUGUGUCCCUUUCCCCUUAAGGAAGUACCAACGAGGUUCUCUAGCUACAAGGAGUACUUCCACACCUUCUACCCACUUUUGCUCAUCAAUGCGUUUGAAGAGAUGGCUGGUGAAUGGCUAAGUGGUGGGAAACUUGAGCUUAAGCUUAACAUCCAGAGAAUCGAAUACAGCAAACGGACUGCCAGCGCCAGUUUCACAGCAAACCUGAGCCCUCAGCAGGAAAUGAAGCAGUUCUAUCCUAAAGAGGAAGACCUGGUGCUGCUCCAGCUGCCGCAGAACACCGGCGCAUAUGUUGACGAUGGGCCGUGCGUUUCUGGAAUGAAUUACCACUUUGGCUAUGUGGUGAAAUCCAACGUGAUCAGUAAUGGAGGAGGUCAGCCCUCGACAUUAAACAUUACAAUCCAGACACAUGGAAAUGUCUCUUCGGUUAACUCCCAGCCAGUAUCCUGCAAGCUGUUGGGUUCACUGGUCAGCACCAUGAGGGAAUUCAAAGCGCUGUGCUUGUUACACAGGCACAUCAUGACACAACCACUUCUCAUACCUGACAUUAAGUUCCUUGCACCCUGUGAAGAGGCCGUGCCAAACCUGGAUAUGCCUGAUUAUAACAGAGACCAGGUCAAAGCAAUUAACUUUGGUGUUGCCAUGGUGAGAAGGAAAGAGAAGACUCCAAAGAUUUUGUUAAUCCACGGACCUCCAGGAACUGGCAAGAGCAAAACCAUAGUCGGCCUUCUGCACAGAAUUCUCUCAGAUGGUCAAGCUCCAGCAUCCAACCAUUAUGGCGGGUCUCGACGGAUGCGCAUUUUGGUCUGUGCGCCCUCCAAUGCUGCUGUCGACAAUCUGAUGAAGAAAAUUAUUGUCUGCUUUAAAGAUGGGUGCCGAGACAUUCGUCAUCCCCAAGGAAAUUGUGGCGACAUCAACCUGGUGCGACUGGGGAACGAGAAAACCAUCUGUAAAGAUCUUAAACUCUUCAGCCUUGACAGCCAAGCCAAAAACAGAGCAGAGAAAGCUCAGCAGAGGUCAGAUAUGGAUAUCCAGAGAAAGAGGGAAGAACUGGACAGGACCAUUGACACAUUGUCUCGUCAGUGUGCACAAACGAAACAAGACGGCAGACUGGCAGAGUUUCAAAUGCUCCAUGCUCAGAAGUUAAACUGCUGUAACGAAAGGCAGAAUCUUAGCCGACAGUUUAAAGAGCUAUACAGUAAAAGACAGGAGGUGCAGAAACGUCUGCUGCAUGAUGCUCACAUUAUCUGUUCCACCGUGAGCACGAGCGGUAGCUUCGUGCUCCAGUCAGCCUUCCGCCGUCUAGGACAUGAACCCUUCAGCUGCGUCAUCAUGGAUGAGGCAGGACAAGCUAAAGAACCCGAGACCCUGAUUCCAUUGCUGUAUCGAUGCCCCUCCCUCAUUCUGGUGGGUGACCCAGAGCAACUUCCACCAACCGUCAUCUCUACGAAAGCCAAAGAACUCGGUUAUGACCAGUCCCUGAUGGCUCGGCUAUGGAAGAGCUUUCAUCAGUCAAACCCUCGUUCAUCCCCCGUAGUCUUCCUCAGCCUCCAGUACCGCAUGCACCCGGACAUCUGCGAGUUCCCUUCCAAAUACAUCUACGGCAACAACUUGAAAAACGACUGUGAUAUGGCUCAGAAGCGGUGUUCUCCCACUUGGCUGUUUGAGCCUUACAGAGUGUUUGACGUGACCGAUGGAACAGAGACCAAAGACAAAGAUUCAUACAGUAAUCGAAAAGAAGUAAAGCUGGUGUUGCUGCUGCUGAAGCUGCUCUGGGAGAAGCAGUCGACGUCCGUGGAGAGGCAGUUGAUGCGCAUUGGUGUUAUUACACCUUAUAACGCCCAGAAACGCUGCAUUUUGGAGGCUCUCAGCAAAGAAAGCAAAACCCAACAGGUGGAGGUGGACACUGUUGAUGGUUUCCAGGGCCGUGAAAUGGACUGCAUCAUUGUGUCCUGUGUAAGAGCCAGUAACAAAUCAGGCAGUAUUGGGUUUGUUGGAAGUCGUCAGAGGAUGAACGUGACUCUAACCAGAGCCAGAUACAGUCUGUUCAUACUGGGACAUAUACGUGCACUCAAGGAGCAGAGGGAUUGGGGUGCUCUAAUAGAUGACGCAGCCAAGCGCGGAACCAUCAUACCAACACACGAGUCCAAAUUCCACGAGGCCGUGAGGAGGGUUCUCAAACAGCCUAAACUCAACCGUAGUUCCUCCUACCCUCAAACUCGUGUCCCUACCCCCUCCGCGACUACGUCCGCGUCACAUCCUGACCGGCAAAGAGACCACCACCUACCCGUCAGACCUUCAGACCCUCGCCUGUUAGAGGCUAACCGGACAGUCAGAGAACGGGACCGAGGGAAUCAGAGUUCGGGACAUGCUAGGCAGGGCGGUCACGGCGGUUCAAACCGUUCUGGGUACCAGAGCUCCGGCCACUCGUCGCAUCCGUCUACGGAACUGCAACGUGAACGUUACUUUCCAUCCACGUCAGAGGCAUCCAGGAGGCACAGGAGAUAGUUUACUGUUCUAAUUUUAGUUCUAAAAUGAGUUUCCUACAGCUUUAAGCCUUUCAACUUGUUCAAGUCCUGAACGGUUUGUUUACAAUAAUGUGCUAAUGUGUUUAAACAUUUAAUAUCCUCAUUUUAUCCAGCCACCAUCGCAGGCUGAGUAACAUUUUUCUUCAGAUAAAUUCAUAAGCAAUAGAAAAGACGUAUAUGCCGUGAUGCCUUGCUUGGAUCCAGCAAAUCCUCAUUUUAAAAAAUGUGCAUGCCUCCCAAGACCCUGGGUUCAGUCUUUUGCACAGACUUCAGUUUUCUCGUCCUGCACACGUCCAAAGAAUCCACCGUCCAAGCAGGAAUGUGUCGCUCUAUGCACUUCUAAUUCAGGGCUUUUUCAUACCUGUGUGUCGUUUUACGUACGUGAAAUCCUGUUUGUAAAGAAAAAAAAUAAUCAACACGUUUUAGUGGCAUUUAUUGUGCUGAAGAAUUUCAGUUAAGCGUCCGACAGGACCAGACGGACUUCUCUUUUAUUUGGCUUUUUUAAACGUAUUUGGAGAUGUACAGUCAAACCUGUUGUUUGUCAGAAUUAUGGGAGAUUUGUUUUACUUUUUCCACUGUUAAUAAUUAAAAGAGAAAAUAUUGGA